AUGAAUAAUAAAGGUAAAGAAAUAGCCGAAUUCCUUAUUUCACAUGGUGCAAAUAUUAAUGAAAUAGAUCAAUAUGGUCGAACCGCUCUUCACCUUGCAGCAAUGAAUAAUAAUGGUAAAGAAACAGUCGAACUUCUUAUUUCACAUGGUGCAAAUAUUAGUGAAAUAGAUCAAUAUGGUAGAACCGCUCUUCAUAUUGCAGCAAUGAAUAAAAAUAAAGAAACAGUUGAACUUCUUAUUUCACAUGGUGCAGAAUAA